AUGCUUAGGAAGCGAUACAGACCUCUUGACCCGGCAGAAGAACGCUCUGUAGAUGUUGAGCAUAAGCUACAGGUAAGUUUGCUUUAUGAUGAACAGUCGUAUUGUUUUAGGUGGCCUGAUGCGCCAUUAACGUCAAUGUUGCGGCGGUCUAAUGCCUCUCUGACCCGUGCCGUCCAUGGAAAUAUGGUGUCAUUUACGCAGUCUAUAAUUGCACAACCUCCAAUUUUUACAAUAGAUAGUAUUGCGACUGACCAUGGAAAACGUGAUUUAUUUGCUUCUCUUUCUGUUGAUCGCCCAAUCAUCUCAUUUUCGUCCGGAAACGUGUCACCAUCAGCUCGGUAUACCGAAAUACAACGUUACAAAAGACAUCCUGGGGCCCCAAUAACAACUUCUACAGAAGACAGUAUUUUUUCUUUCAAUGCUCAACAGCUAAAAGACCUUAGAGAUGCCGGCGCCUUUAAGGCGUUUUGUGAAGCAUUGUCACGAUCGGCGCCUGACUCGGUCAAUCUUGAUAAUGAGGCGGAAUUGGAAAGUAUUGCAAGAAGAGAAAUGGAAAAUGAGUUGACACGUUUGGAAUGGCGAGCAUUCCAAGAAUCUGAGAAAACAGCUCCCGCACUUCAGCGAAUUUUUCUUCUGACAACGGCCGUACCUUUCAUGGAGGAUACGAAAAAGCAUGGUAAGGAAGCCUCUACUCAGGUCUCUAGUGGAUGGCAGAGGAUUGUUUAUGAUUUAUGGAUAAAGUGGAGACGUGAAACUCCGAUGGUAAUCGGAGAUACGCUCACCGAUACAAAUUCGUCACCAUGGGGUUCUCCUCUUCUAACUGGUGCCUUUAUAUCGUCAUUGGCAAAGGAAUACUUCUUAACCGGCAAUGGUGAGCCUAAUGGUACUAUUAAGUCAGGCAGGCUUCGAGAAAAAAGGGCUGGGAAAGAUAAGCUAAUGUUUCCUUUGACGUCCCCACGGCGUCGUGGCGCUUACGGCUAUCUUCGUUGGCGUAUAGACCUAUAUGAACCACGAAUACGUAGUGCCUGGGGCGGAAGCCGGGGGGAGAACGGGGACCGGGGAUCCGCAAAAAUGCUGAGUGCGGCUGAGGUGAACAAGCUCAUAAAUGAAAAGCUUCCCGCUGCUUUAGCCGAUGUGGGCUGCGAUGAACGUAUGGAUCCUGUGGAUGCAUUGGCCCUUACUGAUAUUCGCAGUAAAGUGGGGACAUGGAGGCAUUGGCUUACGUAUGUGUAA